UCCGCGGGAACUCUGUAAAGGGCGGGGGCAACUUUGAAAGUUGGAUGCUGCAGACCCGAGUGGACAGUGAGAGAGAGAGACAGAGAGAAAGGUCUUCCUUCCAUUGGUUCACCCCCCAAAUGGCCGCUACUGCCGGCGCACUGCGCUGAUCGGAAGCCAGGAGCCAGGUGCUUCCACCUGGUCUCCCAUGUGGGUACAGGGCCCAAGCACUUGGGCCAUCCUCCACUGCCCUCCCGGGCCACAGCAGAGAGCUGGACUGGAAGAGGAGCAGCCGGGACUAGAACCCGGAGUACUGGCACUGCAGGUGGAGGUCUAGCCUAGUGAGCCGCGUCGCCGGCCAGUGUUCAGGUUGAUUUUUUUUGCUGGAUCUGGAGGCAUGGCUAGUAAGAAACUAAGAAGAGUGGGUUUAUCCCCAGAACUGUGUGACCGUCUCAGCCGGCAUCGCAUUGUCACCUGUCAGGACUUUUUAUGUCUUUCUCCGCUGGAGCUCAUGAAAGUGACUGGCCUGAGUUACCAAGGUGUCCAUGAACUUCUGUGUAUGGUCAGCAAGGCCUGUGCCCCACAGAUGAAAACGGCAUAUGCAAUGAAGACGCAGAGAUGUGCUGCUCUCUCGCCGGCUUUCCUACCUACGACCCUUCCUGCCCUGGACGAAGCCCUGCGUGGCGGUGUGGCUUGUGGAUCCCUCACAGAGAUUACAGGCCCACCAGGUUGUGGAAAAACUCAGUUUUGUAUAAUGAUGAGCAUUUUGGCUACUUUACCUACUGACAUGGGAGGAUUAGAAGGAGCUGUUGUGUACAUUGACACAGAGUCAGCCUUCAGUGCUGAAAGACUGAUUGAGAUAGCAGAAUCCCGUUUUCCCAGAUAUUUUAACACUGAAGAAAAAUUACUUUUGACAAGCAGUAAAGUUCAUCUUUAUCGGGAACUCAGCUGUGAGGAAGUUAUGCAAAGGAUCGAAUCUCUGGAGGAAGAAAUUAUUUCCAAAGGAGUUAAGCUUGUGAUUAUUGACUCUGUUGCCUCUGUGGUCAGAAAGGAGUUCGAUACACAACUGCAGGGCAAUAUCAAAGAAAGGAACAAGUUCCUGGCCAGAGAAGCGUCCUUGCUGAAGUACGUGGCGGAGGAGUUCUCCAUCCCCGUUAUCUUGACGAAUCAAAUUACAACCCAUCUGAGCGGAGCCCUCACUUCUCAGGCAGACCUGGUGUCUCCAGCUGAUGAUUUGUCCCUGUCUGAAGGCUCUUCUGGAUCCAGCUGUGUGACAGCUGCACUAGGAAACACCUGGAGUCACAACGUGAACACCCGGCUAAUUCUGCAGUACCUUGAUUCAAAGAGAAGGCAGAUCCUCAUUGCCAAGUCCCCUGUGGCUCCCUUCGCAUCGUUUGUCUACACCAUCAAGGACGAAGGCCUGGUUCUUUAAGAGGCCACAGGGAUGCUGUGACCUUUGUCUAGAGCUGCCUGGAGCUUGAUUUGUGAAAUGAAACAGGACCAUGCUGCUUAGAAGAGGGACCGGAAGCCAACAUAAUGGGGAUUAAUUAGUUGGUUGCUGUUAAGAUGGUAACAGAUUUGCUCCUGGACCAUUGAGCCGGCGAUUUCAGACCUGGCAGGGAAGGUGAAGAGGAAGAAGCCUUUGUCUCUGGACUCUAGUGUGUAGGGCUGAGGGCUUUGCGACCCUCAGCCAUGUCCACAGGCAUAAUAAUAUAAUAAUUUGCACUUACAUAGCACCUUUUAGCCAGGCACCUCAAAGCAGUUUAACCCCAUUAAUUAAUUAAAGUCCCCAGUCCCCCUGGGGAGAGGAGGAGGAGAACUAACAAGAUUUGUAAUUACAGGAGCAGACAUUUCCCAAUAAAGUAUUGUCCGCCAAAUAAAAAGAGUGGGUGUAAAGGAAUUGGGGGUCUCCAAAGAGUAACGGAUUCAGAAAGGAAAUCAUGGAAUGAUAGGGAGAGCGGGGGUGGGCAUGGGCGUGGGGGUCUGCUGCUGUGUCAGAGGGAGGUCAGAGCCUCAGAGUUCAUUGACAGCUUCAGAGCCAGUGGAGAAGUUGAGCAUGUAUGGUGUUAGCGGCAUUUGGAGGGUCAUUAGCGCCAUAACUAUUGUAGUGUAAAUUCAAGUUUCAUUGGUAUAUUGUGCGCCCUGCAGAACAAAGAGUGAGAUUCAAUAAGGGAUGAUUUAAUAAAGGAUGAAAUGAUUUCUUUAGAUUUAAAGCCCAAAGCUGGGCCAGUCAAUUAGCAAAUAAAUCAAGUGUUGACCCGUAGGAUAAUUUAGUCGUUUCCAGUAGAACACCCUGCCUACCCGCUCCUGCUGCCAGAGGCUUGUGACUGAGGCAUCAGGCAAAGGCUGGGGCUUCAAGCCAGGCAUUGAAUCUUCUCAGCCUUUGCACUGGGCCCCCCCUACUAGAAUCAAGUCCUUGCUAUGUCCUAUCUCCUGUUCAUGCUCCAGAGUGCUGUGCACACAGCGGUCCACUUUGAUCAAAACUGAACAACUGAUCCCACUGGCUGUUUCCUCGUGGGUCCCGUCUCCUUGUUUGCGUCCCAAUACCUUAACUGUCUGCUUCUCAGGGUUUGACUUGAGCAGGCAGGCAGCCUCAUGUUGGGCCCCCCAGGAAUGUAAGAAGACAGAAAUGGGGGUUGUACCCCCAUGCGAACGGUUUCCAGCUUUAGGGGAGAAGCUGUCUCUUGUGUCCAUGGUUAAAUCAUAAAAGCCUUACUGGUUUUGGUUCUGAGCUACUAUCAGAUGGGUCCCUUUGGUUUAAAAGAAGAAAAAGGUAUUCAUAUGUGUAUAUGCUUUUCUGUUGUGGCUCCAUCUGUUGUUAUGGGGUCUCCGUUACAAAACUUGUGAUGAAUAAAGAAGAGAUAUUACUCUUCCUCCCCUACUCUGGG